AUGGCUCGUGACGGAAUUGCCAAGGGCGAGUCGGAUGGGAUCAGUAGUCUGCUGGUGCAGGUGAAGCUGCAAGUGCUGCUGCACCAGGCUGACGCCGAGCUGACAGGUCUGAAGAUGCACAGCGCCAAGCAGACUCUGGACGCAGUGAUGCAGGUGAUGGCAGAAGCCGUGACGCUGGAGAACAUGGGCUAUUCCCUGGGCGGGUUCUGGCGGCGGCAUCGCAAUGAGGUAGCCCUGAGGUGGGCUAUGUUCCAGCACCGGCGAGCUAAGGCAAAGGGGCUGCUGGGCCAGGUCAAGGCAGCAGUGGCAGCAGGCCCAGAGGAUGAGGUCAUGCAGAAUGCAGUGUUAGAGUUCAUGCAGGGGCUCGAGUCUGAGAAGCCAGUGCAGGCCAAGACGCAUCUUCUUGCGUGCUUGAAGGUGUGCAAGGCCAUUGCUGAUACCACGCUGCAGGGCUGGACGCUGUGUAUGCUUGGAUCGGUGAUGCUGCCGACCGGGCAGUACGACCAGGCCAUGAAGAUGUGUGCGACAGGCCAGGCCAUCGCGCAGCGCAACAAGGACCCGCUACAGAAUGCUGCGGCCAUUGGCAUCCUGACCCAGAUUGAGCGAUCUGUUGGUGAUGCAUCGCGUAGCGAGCAGCUGAUGCAGAUCCACCGGCAUUAUAUUGACAAGUUUGAGACACAGGCCAGCAAUGGCUAG